AUGAGUUUUGGGCUAACAACGACAAUUACCAGGUCCCUCCCAGCCCGUGAUGAACCACCUCAGAAACGCCGGCGCGUUGAACUUGAGCAACUUCCGCCGCGCAAAAGAGGAGUGAAGGAAUGCCUCCUCUACCAGGUGUCGCCUAUUGUGCAGAAGGCGGUUGCAGCUCUCUCGUUUGAUGCCUACCACGUCAAGGCCCUCGCGAUCAAAACUAUUACUAUACUUAGCACACGCAAGUCCUUCCGGCAACGAUGGGAUGAAACGGAUGGCUACCUUGAGCCGCAAGACCUAGAAGAUAUCGCGCUGCAGGCGCGUGAUGUCGUCCGUAAGCUUGCGCGUGGAUCAGAGUUCCGCACAAUACCCUCUUCGGAAGAACCAGAAACAGACCCAGACCCAGAACCUCGCCCGCGACCACAACUAGUACCACCACCACCACGACAGACAGUCGCGCGAGCGCAACAAACUGAAAGCCUAAAGCAACAAGAAACACCCAUAGCCUACGAUUUGCCUCCUACAAAACCACCACAGGCAUUCGAACUGCCUACCCCACAGCCACUGCAGGCCCUCGAACUACCUCAACAUGUCGAACGACAACCUUACAAACCCCGGGAGCGUCGAGAACCUAAACCGCAGAACCGAUUUUACCAACUUCAUAAACUUUCGCAUAGACCAUACCUUCCAGCUAGGGAUCGUGAGGCUAUCGAGAAUGGAACAAAGAACCCUGUGAAUAUCAGCACGGCUACCAGCACGGCUACCAGCACGGCUGCCAGCACGACGACUACCAGCACAAAUGCCAGCACAAAUGCCAGUACGAAGGCCAGCAAAGAUGCGGCUCCCAAGUCGGGCGUGUAUCACGUUGACUUUAGCCCCGAAGAGAUAGCCGAAAUCAUAGAGCAGAUCUCGUAUAUCGUGAACAAACGAUUGCCAGCUACUCGUGAAGAACUGAUGCGUCAGAUUGUCCAAGGAUCCCUCCCUGUCAUAGACGGACGAACUAAAGGUGACAUGAACGCCUUUGUGGCAGAUCUGUACGAAGGCUUGACUGCGGACAUACCGAGGGUGCUUUCAUACUCAGCCGAGCCUGUGAGCGAAGAGACCAAGCGACGGGAGGGGCAAUUAAGGAGAACUAGCAGGUUAUCGUCAUUGCUGAUGGCCCGAGAGAUGGAGGGCAACCGAGGGUUUCACCGUACACGACAGUAUCUGAACUUCCAAAACGAAUUUAAGACACUCCGCGAGGAUGACUUCCAGAUGGUAGCUGAGUUUAUCGGCUGUGCUGGCGAUAUUACCACAGGCGCAUGGAUUUCGAAUGAAAGCUUUCUCUGCGGCACUACCACUCACUCGGAUACCCACAAUCAACAAUAUAACAGGCCAGGGAACCUGCUUCUUUGCUCAACGGCCGAGGGUACACUGCGCGCCUUUCCUGACCAUCGAAUACCCCGCCCGCGGGUCGAGAAGGGAGAGAAUUCAACAGAUGCGAUGCGACGGAGCCAAGAACCUUGGCUUUACUCUUCUGUUGUGUCGUCUGAUUAUAGUGCGGAGAACGACCUAGCUUUUACUUCGAGUUUCGACAAGACGGUCAAGGUGUGGAAAGUUAAUUCAGAUGGACGUCAUAUGGAGGCUAUUGCAACAUGGCAACAUACUGCCAAUGUCAACUUCGUCACUGCAGCAAAAGACUCAUCCGGUCGGGUUGCUACGGCUGCAGACUCGCUGGCUGAUGCCGUGCGUGUUUAUACUGUUGAAAAGGGAAAUGAGGCCAAUAGCGCUUACCAGUCGUUCUCUUGCUCGCGGACUGACGCUGAGGGAUCUGACAAGUGGACGUACUUCCCAGCUACAAUGCAGUGGGGGCAAGCUAAGGGUUGCCAGCACUUGCUGUUGGUCGGAUACUCUCCUCGUAGCUUGACUGGCGAUGACCUAGAUAUCCCGGAGGACAAGAGGAAUUCCGGAGAGAUUAUCCUAUGGGAUGCGAACCAGGGCCAACGAAUCCCUGUGAUGACAGCUUCAACGGCCAACGUCUUUGAAGUCGCCUGGCAUCCUAUACUGCACCGCUUCCUUGUUGCCACCACACCUACAGUACAUGUGUCCCAAAGAAUCAAAACACAGGUCCACGUCUUCCAGCGCGAUAAGGAACGUCUAGGCGGCGAUGGAUAUACACAGUUCCAGGCACUAGACUGCUAUGCCUCUGACAUCAACGAACUCACCUUUGUGCCCAACUCGCUAGGGCAUGCCUUUGUUACUGCCGCUUGCACAGAUGGAAAGGUCUAUGUAUGGGAUACAGCGCGCGGUGAUAAGCCCAUCCACACCCUCAAACAUGGGAAACCUGCUGAAGAAUACCACGGAGAUCGCGAAAAAGAGGACACAGGUGUCAAAUUUACGGCAUGGAGCACUACUCUUGACCGUUUCUACACUGGUUCGAGCGACGGUGUCGUCAAGGUGUGGAAUGUACGUAGGCUCAAGAAACCUUUUGUACGUGAUAUUCUUACGGCUCAUGGGCCUAUCUCCUGGGGAGGGUUCUCUCUGGAUAAUUCCAAACUUGCUAUAGGCGAUGCGACCGGGCGCUGCUUCAUUCUAUCUGUGGAUGAGCGCGACGUACCGGAGUCACAUAUUAGGACUCUUCUGGUUAACACCCAGCUGCUCCGCCGUCCGAUGCCCCUCAUCCUACAUCCGGAACCGGCCCCACCCGGCACGGCGACCGACGACGAUGAGAUGCAAAUUGACUCGGAGGUCGAGGAUAAUGAAGAAAUGUAUUCCCGUCGUACCUACCUUGAUACCGGAUUACUUAGACUCACCGGUAACCCGGUCAUCGGCGCCGUGCAAGGCCCUCUAUAUCCAUCAAGCAAUCUGUUUCGCCGGGAGGCGCACCUCAACGAAGACCCCUCUGCGCCCCUCCUAGCCGAAUUCGAGCGGCUUCAGAAGGAUAGCGAAGCCGCCAGCAUUGGCAGACGGCGUAGAUCGCUGCGCCGUGUCAAGAACCCCUCGCUGCCCGAUGAACGCCUUAAACGCAUCCACAACGAGAAUACCAGCCGGGAUCUGGAUCUGGAGAGGUUGGAGCGCACUGAAGUAGACGACCUAGUGAGGGCCGGCGCGUUGCUGAGUAUCGAGGAGGAUUGGGGGUUUAGCUAUGAAGAGGCUGUGAGCUUUGAUUGA